GACUUAUUCCUUGUUCACUGAGGCAUUUCAUGUAGCGCGCGUUGGUUUCGUUUCCACGACGACUGCGUCAACAGCACAUGGAGGAUUUGUCGGCGUAUCUCGAAGACAAAGACAAGUGGCAUGCACCUGGCUGGCGCAACGAACAGCGCUACUCCAAUGGCGUUCUAAUCGGCAACUGGUCUGAAGAAAGGCACGAGUUUAAGAAGGGCAGCUGUGUGUCUGACAGUACACAUCGUACAGAUUUCACUGACAUCGGGCGACAUACACGACCUGACGUCACGAUCAGACGUAAUGCUCUGGCUAGGAAUGACGGAUUGGGACGUCAGCAUUUGUUUACCCAUCAUGGCAACAGCUACUCCAGUAACAUGGUGACUCUAUAUCAUGAUGUGUUCAACAACGCAUCGCAGGGAAACUCCGAAUCAGCACAGCUGAGAACUAAUCUCAGACAAUGGGAUAGGACUAAAGUUUCAUGGCAGCCGGAACCGAUUGAUCAGCGAGUUACGCGACGUCCCUACAGAUAUGGGCUGUACGAACGGCUGCAGGCAAAAUGGAAGAAACAAGCUGAAUUGGAAGAGAAAGGAGAUUAUCAAACUAGCUAUGGUCUCACAUAUCACACACAUGACAGAAAGUCACUGGUCACUAGCCACUACGCAUCCCCUCGACAACUCUCCACUCAUCUUCAUCCUCACCGACUCAACAAGGAUUUGCAACUACGUAGUUCUGUAUCUAUACCCAAGCCAGAACAUGUACCUAAUCUCUCACUCACAGAACCGGCACCCAUCUCUAUCUGACAGAAUGGGAACGUCUGUGUGCCCAUCAAGCUCAGUAAUAACUCUCUAAACUGUAAUAGAUGAGGUAAUAUUUAGAGAGAAAUGAGAUGUCAUUUACUUACUUGAAUAGACUCUAUUUAAUUCUUCUCACUGAUAGUAAUAAACUGUUAUGUUUGUGUGGAUCUA